AUGGUGCAGGCGGAGGGAAAGCUGCUCGAAGGUGGCCUCGAAGAGGGAGAACUCGUCGCGCUGGGGCAACGCACGUCACUUUACGCUCCAUUUCGAGUUCUCGGCCUGGUCACCUGUGAGGGAAGCGGGCGCAUGCUUGGCGGUACCUCGUCCCCCAAGCCAUGCUUCUAUGAACUCGGCAUUGCACCGUUCGUUGUCGUACCGCUUGGACGCUGCCUGCAGCUCUACGAUGGAAGGACGCUUCGUUUACUGAGCCUAUCGAAUGCUUUGCCUUCGCGCAUCACUGCCGUAGCGCAUCUCGGUCGAGAGCGACUGGUUGUUGCCACACAGCACAGCCUUCAUAUAACAGAACAAUUGCGAUCCCGUGUGUCGAUCGAAACUGCCCCAGGUGGCUGCAUCGUUGGGCUAUACGCUUUUGGGAAUGGAGUAUUCGUUGCAGUGGACGCUGGAGAACGCUGCGCGCGCACCUACAACCGCGACAAUGAGCUCGUCUCGGAAGUAUUCUUCGGAGAAGAUAUCACCCCGAAUGGCCUCAUUGUGCAUCCACCGACGAUGCUCGACGUCGUCUGCAUCGGAAGCGACCAGGGGCGCAUUGCACUCGUGGAUAUUUGCCACAGUCGCAUCCUCCAGACACUCGACUUUUCCAAGCACGGUGCAGUGACGGCGCUGUCAGAGUCUCCGGCGCUGGAUAUCAUCGGCAUGGGUUUCCACGACGGCUCUGUGAUCAUCUACGACAUUGGUCGUGGCUCGAUCCUGGAUCAGUACAACCUGCGGAUGCACCUGCCACUGGGUACCUCGCUCACUGUCAAUGCGUUGUGUUUCCGGAACGACGAUGCGAAUGCGUUUCCGCAUCUGUUCUCGUUCCACUCCGAUGGCUCUCUCUGCAUCUACGACCUCGAAGCACGGCGAGUUCUGGACACGAUACCGCGUCUGCAUCGGGGUCCAUGUCGGAUGGCGUUCUUCUAUCCCCGCGAGCCGAUCCUGUUGACCAUUGGCGAUGAGGAUAAUCGCAUGAACAUGUUUAUUUGCGAUUCACCGAGCGGUGCACCGCGUCUGCUCAAGUACCGAGCCGGGCACCGGGCACCGCCGACGCGCAUUCGUUUCAUCGGUGAAGAUUAUCGCCAGCUGAUCUCUGCGGGCUGCAGUGAUCAGCAGCUGCGCGUUACCAGCACAGUCGUAUCCCAUCAUCACCGUGAGUUGUCCCAGGUCACAACGCGGCUACGGAGAGCACGCAAGCGGGCCCGUCAAAUGCAACACGAGCGCGCCAUUGAAGCAUCGGAUGAGUUCGCACUCGACGAGGACGAUCCCGACACCGCAUCGCUUCUUCCACCGGUAACGGAGUUUGCUGUGAGUGAGGCUCGACAAAACGACCCGGAUCUUGCCAAUCUGGUAACGUGUCACCUCGGGCGCUCCGAGGCCUACACCUGGCGCUACGCUGAGAACCAUCGCUAUCGCCAUGUGCUCCGUUUCCGGGGUGACGCUUCAACGGAUCUCGAUCAAGGCACUGCGACUUGUGUUUCAAUUUCCACUUGCGGCCAUUUCGCUGCAGUAGGUCUCUCUGUGGGUCACGUUGAUCUCUUCAACCUCCAGAGUGGGUUGCAUCGGUGGCGGAUACGAGACGCGCACCAUCCGGGAGGUGUAGCGGGUGUCGCUUUCGACGGGAGCGGCGGGUUGCUUGCGUCACUGGGUAGCCACGACGGACGCCUCGGCAUCUAUCGACAUCAGUCGCGUGAGAAAGUCGCCGAUAUUGUCGUCCACAGUCCAGGUCUACAGCUCAUCUGGAGUCCGGUUUCAGAUCUUCUCGCUGUGAGCUGUGCUGACGACUUUUCCAUCAAAGUCUUUGAGGCAGCGAGCGGCCGCUGUGUGCGCUGGCUCAGGGGCCACACUGCUCGCAUUACGGAUAUCUGCUUCAGCUGCCAAGCAGAUGGGCGACAAAUUCUGAGCACUUCACUGGACGGAACGCUCCGAACGUGGGAUCUUGUCGCAGGCCGCUGUGUGGAUGUGCUUCGUAUGGCUGCUGCACCGACGUCAUGCGCCAUGUCACCACGGGGCGAUUUUAUUGUCACAACGCAUGUGGGGCAUAUCGGAAUCUGCAUGUGGCACUGCAAAGCGUAUUAUCGGGGGCCCAGCGAGCAGGGCAAUAUGGUGGCGCUUUCUUCGCGAGCGGGAAAUGGUCUCGAUGUGGAAGCGCUCUGGCGGCGUCAUGCGGUGCAGCUGCCGGACCUGGCAAUGUCGUGGGAUCCCGUUGUCUCCGCAGUUGCAGACGCUACAGCAUCCCCUGAAAAUAACCCGCGAUGUGUUUCGCUAACCGUUGAACCUAUCGACGAUGCACACUGCGGCGUCGUGUUUUCGAGUCAGCCUGAAAGCUACUGGCUUCUGCUGCCGUACCUUGACGAAAUCAAGGAGCAGAACAAGGCAACGAGGGAGAGCGAUUCCGUGACCGGGACUCAGAAACCGCCACCACCGCUAGUCGCUGAGCUGCACGACGGCUACCGCGAAGCUGCGGACGCGUCUGUUUCGCCCGGCAUCGAGGACCGCAGACCGCUUCCCGAUUCGAUAGCCUCGAGUUUUGUGGAUGCAUUGCAGCGAGCAGACUUUGCCACCGCCGCAAAGCGCCUGGAUGCGCUGACACCAGCGGCGGCAGACGUAGAAAUACGGCUGCUGCCGCCCGAGGCACUUGCCGAUGCGCUGUCGUUCUUCACGUGGCGUCUGCAGUCAGAGCGUGACUUUGAACUUGCUCAGGCGCAGCUACGGGUGUUUCUGAACGAGCACGCGGAGCUGAUCAUGAAGGAACCGGCACUGCAGCACGGGGCAUCGAAAUGCCUGAGGGCACUCGACAGCUCUUGGCUUCGGUGCGAGGACACGCUCUCGAAGGUACUCUUUCUCUGUCAGUAUUUGCGCGAUAGCGUCUGA